CACUUUGUAGUGGUACCGUACRUACGUACUCUCGCACCUACCGUACUAUCACGGAUUUUUUCGUUCUGGUCCUCUGGAAUACAAUCCCUUGCGUCAAAAUGCGGUUGAACAGAGCAAGCUCGUUGGGUUUGUCAGAAGAAUCAUCGUUCUCUAACUCAGACGCCAGCAACGAGAGUUAAAGAAACACGUUGCCAUAACCAUGGCCUAUCGCUCUUUCCUUCGAUUGGCAAUCUUCUGCGUCGCAUCUCUUCAUUUUCACCAGUACUGCGUGACUCGAGCCGAAGAUCCCCUGCAGCAGCGGCAGCAGCGGCAACAACAACAACAAGAGGAGGAGGAGGAGGAGCGGCAUGCUUCACAACACUCACCAAGUGAUGCAGCAACAGCCGCGAAAAUAACAAAAUUCCAUAAUAGAAAGAUCAAGGUAGACCUCUAUUACAUGCCUCAAUGCCCUGGAUGUAGGCAACUGAUCACCUCCUCCUUCAAUGAGGCAUUUCAUACCCCAGGUUUUUCGAACAUGGCAGACGUGACAUUCAUUCCGUACUCUGAUGGCCGCAUCGACACGGGUUCCGACAGCUCCACCAAGCGGAUAUUUUCUCACACGCUGGAAUCGUGUGCCCUUCACUUCAUCGGUAUCGGUGGCGCAGAUGGUUUUGAAACAAACGGAACCAAUGGACUAACGAUGCACAAAAAACAUGAACACCAAGAGCUUCAAUUCCGGUACAUCGAUUGCAUCGAUCACUACCCAUCAUACCAACACAGCGCGGCCACCGUUGACGUCGAAUGCGCCAAAGCCAUUGGCCUGUCCGAGGCCACCGUGACCAGAAUUGAGUCUUGUGCUUCUUCGCAGGAGGGCCACCGCCUCGCCGAACGGUAUGUCAAGCAGGUUCAUUCAAUCACUAACCCAAGGAUUACCUACUUUCCCUGGACGAUGGUGGACAACGUUCACGAUAAAGACACCGAGGAGAGAAUCUGGAACUCACUGUUUGAGCACGUUUGCUCCAUAUAUUCCGGGCCCUUGCGGAGUCUGCACUGCCAAGCUCCCGGUGAUAUGAACGGGACCGAUGACGAAGAUGACUAUGUCUAUGGUAAAGAUGACGAUGAAGAUGAAGAAGAACUGUAGAGAAACAAAUGUGGUUGGAAUGCAAUCUAAUACAAUUUAAAGAGAAGC